GUAUCAGGGGGAUGUCACGUAUGACUUUGACAUAUCAAAUGUCAAACAACUGAAAACAGUAAAACACGGUCGGAUGAAGUGUUUUUGGAGACAAUAUUUAAUUAUUAAUGUAUCAAAACUGGAUUUUGCCCAAAGAUAAAAUGCAAAGCACGAUAAAGGAGCUUUUGGAUGCUUUAGGGUGCAAUUUAGAAGCUGAUACCGUUUUGGACUACAUACAAAAUGAUCCAAACUAUGGAAAUAGUACUCUUACACUUAAACAGGCCAAUGAAUAUGCCCAAAGACUGGCGUUAAAAGCUUCCAAUGCUAAAAUAUUUUUGAAAAAAUAUGAAGAUCUUAAGAGUCGAAAUACUGACAAUUUGGCGGAUAUUAUAGCAUUAUUUUAUAAAUUGGUUUGCGAAGAAAAGAGGUCUAAGAUAUCUAAACCAAAAGUUGCACCAAAGCCUGUUUUAGGUGAUAAUAAACAUCAAAUUACUAAAGAAGAUUUACCACAGAUAAAAGACAAACUAUUGAAAGCUGUUGAUGAAAGCAAAAAAUUAGUGAUGAAAUCAUUUGAAGAGAAGGAAAUGAAACUUCGGCCUAACUGGUAUAACAGCUUGGAAUUGCCAAACUGGCAAAAGGAUCACCCAUCCAUGUCUUGGGACUUUCCUAAGGAACCUUUACCUGUUAUUGCUUCAUUAGCUGGUAUCCCAAUUGCGUCACAGGAAAAUAUUAUAAUAGAUGAACUGUUAUAUGUGUUCAGUGGAAUCCCAGGCAAUUAUAUAGUCCACCAGCCAGUUAAAGAUAUGUACGAUCCUAGGCAGUUUAUAAUAUCGGAAGACUUAGAUGAUGCAUUGAAGCAAAUAGUACAACAAAUGUUGCCAAUAGCGUCCAAUUAUUCUAUUGUGAGGAGAUUCAUUGAGAACUGUAAUAUGUGGUCUGGACAAGUUUUGCAUGCCUUGGUGGCCGCUAUAGAAAUCUUGUUAAAAGAUUAUUAUACCAUGAUUGCACAAUUGGAAACAGAACACAUGUCAGGCAGUUUAAACCUACAAAAGUUGUGGUAUUUUGUUUUACCAACUAUGCAUACCAUGCAAGUCUUAGCUGCUAUUGUCACUAGUAUUGGAAAGAGUGAACUACGCGGUGGCGCAGUUCUGACAGUACUUCACGAUAAAACGAACACAUUAAUGGGAGAUGCGCGUGCGCAGGAAAUAUCCUUGUUCCUCACGGAGCGAGCUUGCAGACCCUACCUAUGUAUAUUAGAUCAAUGGAUACAUAAAGGAUCUAUCACUGAUCCAUUCCAGGAAUUUAUGAUAGAAGACAACGAGUUAAUAAACAAGGAAGAGUUACCUGUAGACUAUUCAGCAGAUUAUUGGGAGAAGAGAUAUUGUAUACAAAGAGAUAGAGUUCCCAAGUUUCUUGAAAAGUUUACAGAUAUCAUUUUGCGAACAGGGAAAUAUUUAAACGUUAUUAGCCAGUGCGGUAAAUCAAUAACGAAAACAAAUACUGAAGAAAUAAAAUACUCACUACGGGAACAAAACUACGGUGCAAUUAUUCAAAAAGCGUACGCGUUCGCGAGUAAAUCUUUGCUCGAAUUAUUGCUAAAGGAGUACGAUUUAAUGGGGCGUUUGAAAUCUGUAAAGAAUUAUUUCCUCAUGAGUCAAGGGGAUUUUAUUGUUCAAUUCAUGGAUGCAACUGAACAGGAGCUGUCGAAGAAAAUCGAUGAUAUUAUUCCGUCCAAGUUGGAGUCCCUUUUGGGACUUUGUUUGAGAUUGUCAGCUGCUAGUCACGAUCCCUAUAAUGAAGACAUGAGAGUGGAACUUUUGCCUUACGACUUACAAUUUCAAAUGUUCAAAAUUCUUUCUAUUGAAACUGAAGAGGAAAAGGAAUACAAACAGAACAAAGAUUGUCCACCAUUAACAGGCAUAGAGAUUUUCUCAUUUGGUAUGGAAGUGAAAUGGCCGGUAUCGCUGAUACUAAACCACAAAGCCAUUGCUUGCUAUCAGAUGAUAUUCAGACAUUUGUUUUACUGCAAACAUGUGGAAAGGCUGUUAUGCCGGGUGUGGCUGUACAACAAGGUGGUGAAGCGUUUCUCGGAAGCGCGCUUAUACGCAGAUGCGUUCGCGUUGCGCCAGCGCAUGCUGAGCUGUAUACAGCACUUGCAGUACUACAUGUGCGUGGAGGUGAUUGAACCGUCCUGGUGUCAGCUUAUACAGAGCCUGGAUAAGGUGAACAACGUGGACGAAGUGCUGGAGCGUCACAACGACUUCCUGGAGUCGUGUCUGGGCGACUGCAUGCUGAUGAGCCCCCAGCUCUUGAAGGCUGUCACCACGCUAUGCCUGGUUUGCGUACAAUUCUGCACAUUUAUACAGGAGAUGCACAAGUACUUCGUGGACGCUGAGCUUAACAGUAUGCUUGGAUCGACGUAUGACAAUACAGAGUAUAGUGAGACUACGGGCUGCGGCACAACAACCAGCGGCUCGGCUGAUUCCUUCUCCCGUUCCGUGUCUCGCUACGGACUACGAUUCACCGCGGCUUUGCUCUCGGUUCUGGCGAUUAUUGAGAGGAUGGCUAGAGACAAUAAUACAAACAAACUGCUUAAUAUAUCUGCCAGGUUAAACUUCAACACCUACUACGUAAAAGAAUUGGAGAAGUUUUGCGCGGACGAUAAGUUUCUCGAGGGCGAAAAGAAAACAUCUUCCUAGCGCCGCGCCCGGCGUUCGCGCCAUCUUGUCACUUCUGUGUGAUAUUUUAUUGUUCAACACCAAAUAUAGCACACGCACUAUAAACUUUUUUAUAGAAAUACAAUGAAAAAUCCUGUAACUGUAUUUAACUGAAAAUGGUUAUAGAAAUCGUAGCUAACUGGAGAAUUCAAUUGAAAUUUUUAAAGUGAAACUUUUAUUACAUCGUCUCAAACUUUUUGGUCUGUGUAGCGCAUGUCGCGUGACGCACGAUACGUACGAUAAUUAUCGUACAAAUACGAUAAUUUUUAGUUAAAUAUCUACUUAUAGUGUGAAAAAAAGUUUCUCUUUUACCGUGGUUUCAUAAAACCACACAACAUUUUUCUUCGUGUGACUACGUUUUCUAUAUACACGCAUAUAAACUUUAAUGACCAAUAUAAUAAUAACCAUAUAACUGGAUUUGUGAAUAGCAACUGACUAUAUUCAUGUGUGAAAAUUUAUUAAUGAACACCAUUAAUUUAGCACUUUGCACUAUAAACUUUUGUAAUCAAUAGAUAUAACUCGAUUUAAAAAUGGGGACUGGUUGUAUUCAUGUGUGUUUGAUGAACACCAAAAACUACUCAACUAUAAAAUGUUGAAAGCAAUGGAAUUACAACGAUUUAUUAGAAUUCGUAGAUGGAAUACGAUCGAAGUACUGUAUGUGGAAAUUUAUUAAUAAACACUAAAAUUUUGCACAAAACAUAAAAUUAAAUAAUGAAAACCAAUUAUUUAUUACUAACUAUUAGUUAAACACUAUGUUAACCAAUAGGGUGACAAAAAUAUUUCUUGUAAUGUAGAUAUUGGCAUAUUAAAUUAAAAAUAUUGAAGAUACACAAUAAUUGCCCUUUGGAAAUGACUUGAUUUAAAAUUUUCUUGUAUUGAGAAUUUACAAAUUAAUCGAUAUUAUCAUUCAGAAUCUCGUCGAAGCCACAAAUAUCUCUCCAAAAUUACUCAUUAAAUAAAAUCUCAAGUAUAUGAAUUGGAAGCUCGAAUUUUAAAGCAUUUAUAUAGUUUUCUAGGUUAUCUUUAUAUGGAGCACCAUGACAAUAUUUUAAGACAAAAAUAAUGUUAGUUCAAAAUCAGCGCAAAAUGCACUCAAUUUAUCGUAUGUUUUAGCUGGACAUAUUCUCAAAAUAUAGGAUUAGAUUGUCCAAUAACAUAAGAUAGACAUAUACAAUCUUAUGAUUUAAACAUUGCCGAAAGCAAUAAAUAGACUUUUAAUUCACAUUAAUAAUAAUUCAAGUACAAAAAUAUUAACAAAAUUAUGGUAGUCAUAUUUUUACACAAGUAUUUCUCAUUUGAGAUUUCCGCUUUAAAGGUAUAUUUUUUGAAAUAGAUUAUAGAUAUUGAAAUAAAGGAUAA